AUGAAGCUGGCGGGUUGGGGUGUCCAAUCAGAUCCCAGUGCUGUGGGAUUCCCUCUGGACACCUUCGGUGCGAUCGGGGAAGUUCACUUCGGAGAUGGGCGAAGUUUGCGGGAUCACCCAGACUUACGCUUAGCGGGCGACUUUUACAACGUGCCCGAGAGCAUCACAAGAGGCGUUGCUUUGGUGGAGCCAGGCAUGCUGGAUUUGCGUCAUCCAGGAGAAGUUGAUGCAUUUCUGCCCGGGGCCUAUGAGCUGCCCCUCCCCAGUUGUCACAAGGAUCCUCCGGUGAGCCCCACACCGUAUGUGGAGCUGGACGAGCCAUUUCCGGAGGAUGUGGCUCCCGCGCAGGUUUCCAGGCCUCACUGCUCGAGCACCUCCGUUCAGCUCAAUGACAACGCCGGUGCAGCGCAGGCAGCUAGUUGCGUCUACGACUUCUUGAGAACGAAGGCCUCGGCGUCGUUCACCAAAGUGCGGCCCCGGAAAUUCGCGAUGAAGGCGACAGUCUUUCACGAGAUGAACAGAACUCUCGUGAGCUGCUCCUUGAAGGCCCG